AAUUUUAGAGGUCCAAUUAAUCUUUAGAGCUAAGAAAUGAGAUUUUUGGGUUUUAAAAUGCGCAGCUCCACGUGUCCUUCCAUAAGGACAUGUAAAUUUUGAUUAAACAAGAUGAUCGCGAAUUUCCAGAAGCAGCUCAAUUCUUCUAUUCCUCUGUAAGCACCAUCCAGAAACAAACAGAUCAUUCUCAUAGCCGAAGGAAUUACAUUUUCCUUCGCACGCCGAGAGGAAAGGAAAAGGAAAAAAGAGCAGAAAAGUAAAGGGAAAAAGGAUGUCGGUGUAUUAUCGUUGGAAGACCUUCGACGAAGACGAAGAUCGACCAGAGAAACCUCGCCGAUAUGGAGUCACCGAGAUGCGAGGUCCACAGUAUUCUCUCUUGAGUCACAACAUGCUUCAGGAUAUUUUUGAGUCCAUGGGGCAAUUUGUUGAUGGGCUGAAGUUCUCUGGAGGUUCCCACAGUCUUAUGCCCAAGUCUUUUAUCAAAGAGGUGAUUGACAUGGCCCACCAACAUGAUGUAUAUGUCAGUACAGGUGACUGGGCUGAACACUUGCUUCAUAAAGGUCCAUCAGGUUUCAAAGAAUAUGUUGAGGAAUGUAAAAGCAUGGGGUUUGACACAAUCGAGCUCAAUGUGGGGUCACUUGGAGUUCCAGAAGAGACACUUUUGAGAUAUGUGCGCUUAAUUAAGAGUGGUGGUUUGAAAGCAAAGCCUCAAUUUGCAGUCAAGAUUAAUAAAUCUGAUAUUCCCAUGGGUGGCGAUAGAGCAUUUGGCGCUUAUCUGCCUCCAAAACCUCAAAGCUCUGAACUCAUUGAAGAUGUAGAUCUCUUGAUUAGAAGGGCUGAGAGAUGCUUGGAGGCUGGGGCUGACAUGAUAAUGAUUGAUGCCGAUGAUGUCUGCAAAGAUGCUGAAUCUCUGAGGGCAGACAUAAUUGCAAAGGUGAUCGGACGACUAGGCCUUGAGAAAACCAUGUUUGAAGCUUCCAGUGCUAGAACUGCAGAGUGGUUUGUCAAAUGCUAUGGUCCUAAGGUGAAUCUCUUCGUGGAUCAUUCUCAAGUAAUUGGUCUAGAGUGCCUUCGGGGACAUAACUUGGGUAAAAAUAAUGCUUCUUUCCGUAGUUCACCAUAUUAUUUUCUGUCCUGAAUUGUUGUUUAGUGGUGAUACCUAUGCCUCAUCAGAAGUCAACUGGUUACACUGUUGUUGUAAUCUCGUGAUGUUUGUAUUAAAUAAUGCUUAAUGUACCCCCCAUGUUCUCAGUUCUGGAGUGUUGAUUUGUAGUGAUGAUACUUAUUCCUCGCUGGAAGUCAACUGGCUGUGAGGCCUUUGUAAUUUUGUGAUGUUUAUACUGAGAAUGGUAGAUGUUUUAUUUCUGCAAA